AUUAAUUUUAUUAAAUCAGCCUUUGCUUUCUCGUCUCCCUCGUGGACAUUUUGCUUCAAUAUCUUGUUCCUCGUCUCCCCUGUUCUUGCUUAGUUCUUGAAGAAGCAAUUAUCAAGAUGAAUGAUCUGAUGACAAAAUCCUUCAUGAGUUAUGUGGAGUUGAAGAAGCAGGCUCUCAAGGAUUUGGAGGCCGACCAAGAUCUUGAAAUGGGCCAACUCAGCCACGCCGAUGAAGAACACCUCUCACAGUUCUUCGAGGAAGUGGGCGCCAUUAAAUUCGAGAUGGAGGUCGUCUCCCACCUCUUCCAAGGUCUCCAAGAAUCAAACGAAGCGGCAAAGUCCGAGCACGAAACCCGCGCUCUCAAGCACCUCCAAGACACCAUGGACGCUGACAUCUUGACGGUGCUCACGAAAGCAAGAACCAUUAAGCAAAUGCUCGAAACGCUCGACGAAUCCAACGCCGCCAAUCGGAGAUUUCUCAAGUACAAAGAAGGGGGCCCGGUCGAUCGGACCAGGACUUCCAUCACGAGGGGAUUGAGGGUCAAACUCCGAGAACUGAUGGUGGAUUUUCAGUUUCUGAGAGAAAGAAUCGUCGCAGACCACAGGGAAGGUGUCAAAAGAAAGUACUUCGGCAUGACGGGAGAACAUCCCACAGAAGAAGCAAUUGAUGAGAUAGUUUCUGCCGGAAAAUUUGAGCUGCUGUCCGCCAGAUUAGACGAGAGCCAGGAGUUGAAGGAUAGGCACGACGCAGUGAAAGAAAUUCAGAAGAACCUCAUGGAAUUGCACCAAAUAUUCUCGGAAAUGUCUGUUCUCGUGGAGGUUCAGGGAGGGCAUAUAGAUGACAUUCACCAGAACGUGGUUCGUGCCGGUGCAUAUAUCGGCGACGGCGCUGACCAUCUCAAAGCAGCCAAGGAAAGCCGGCAAGACAACAGAUCAAAGUGGGCAAUUGCUUGUUUGGCUGUGCUUAUGGUUCUGAUCAUGUUUUUCAUUGUUCAGGCCAUUACCACCCUUGUGAAAGCAUAGGGAAUCAACCGCAUCCUGUUUGAGUUCUCUUCUUCCAUUCGGGGAUUGUAAAUGAACUGGUUCUUUGAUUUCUACAGACGAAGCGUCUCUUUUCAGGGAAACAAUAAACUGAAGAUGUCAUUUUCAAUA